AUGGCGCCGAAGCCGGCAUUGCGGUGGGUGUCGACUGAAGUGUUGGGUACCUACAUCUCAGGUCAGCACCUGCAGUGGGUUCACAUAGUGUCUCUCUCUAUCUUCAGGACCUUUGCAGACAGCUUCCACAGCCUGCGUCCGGAGAAGCCGUGGGUGACCAAGCUGAGCUCAGCAGGCCUGGUCUACCUGCACUUCGGCCGUCAGCUGCUGACCCAUCUGACGCAGCUGAAGGAGGGCGACAGGCAGCUGGACGUGCUCUUUGACAAGCUGUAUGAGAACUUUGUGGAGGAGGUGGAUGCUAUUGACAACGGUAUUUCACAAUAUGACGGGGAGGCCCUGUACGCGGUCUCCACCACGCUGAGCGCACGCGUCGGCCACCUGAACCCACACUGGAAUAGCAAGAGUCAAGACACAGAGGAGGGUUUCAGGAAGGCUAUGAAGAUGGUGGGAGAGGAGUUCCUGGACCGUCUGGAGUUCUAUCAGUCCUCCUGGCUGCCGGCUCGUGCCGUGGUGGAGGAGGCUGUGAAGGCCAGGCAUCAGGUGGAUCCUAGUGGGGAGGUGGUGUUGUUCUCUCAGGGCGGAUGUCCGUGGAAGGAGCAUCUGUUUUCCCUGGAGAAGGACCUGAAGGUGGAGUCGCCCAUCAAGUUUGUCCUUUUCUCCGACCAGAAUGGACAGUGGAGGGUCCAGUGCGUCCCCGCCGGGCUCCACACCUUCCAGAACAGGUGAUUUAAAAAACAGCUAUA